UGGUUCAAAAUCGUUUGUCGCUCACAUCGGAGAAGCUGCUUCCGUUUCCAACACUGCAUUCCAGCCACACCUGCCUGCGACGGAGCCGCGGCUCGCUUCGCUGCCCUAUCCGCUUUGAGGAGGACGCCGUGCUCUGCCGCCCCAGCAAGCUAUGUCCGCCGACGGACCACAAAUUAAUCACAGAAUCUGGCAGUUUGUGCUUUCUACCUGAAAGACAGAUAGAUUAUGUACCUGUGAAUGUUGAAGAUGAUGUGGAAGCAGUGAUUAUUGACAACGGAGAAAAUGGACUGUCCACACAAAGCUGUGUGUCAAUGGAACAAAACUCUGAAGUAAACAGUGGUGUUCACCAUGUGGCUCAACUUGCCUAUGGAAGCCAAGGCUUAUCAGUGCUAGCUGAACGAUUAACAUCACAUAUGAGCCAUUCUGCAAGUAUGCAGAGAGGAAAUGGUCACAGCCCUGAGAAAAUGAAUUUUGUGUUUUCACGUAAUAAAAGAAAACGACUUGCCCCUACUCUAGUGGGACAGAAUGUGAUGAGAACAAGGGAAGGAGAAUAUGAAGGUAGUGACAGUGUCAUUUAUGAGUAUGAACCAGACUAUGAAUGUGGGAGCAUUGUAUCUGAAGCUUCCUACACUGAAGCUUCCUACACUGGAGAUCAGCAGAAAAUUCUAAUGGAGGUCCUCAGUUAUUGCCAGGCUAUGUAUGAUGCAAUUCAGAACUUGGAUAAAAAAUUUGACCUGCUUCAUCGUGAGGUCUCAGAAAUGCACCAUUCUCGUGUAAAGCCACUGUUGCUCAAACCUAAACCAGUUGGAUUUACAUACAGAAGUUCCAGUCAUCUGCCCCAGGGAAAAAUAGGAGUACAAAAAUCCAUGGAAAGGGAACCAAGUCUUCAUCUUUCUUCACCACGACAGGGAAGACAGAGCCCAGUCAUAAGGGUUGCUUUACAAAACAGCCAUGUUCAUGUCAAUUCCACAAUAAAACAUGUUCAACAGAGUCUUCAGCUUGAAUCACAGCAGCCUGUUCACAGGCAGAGCCCACCACUUCCCGCUGUAGUUUCUGCGCAUUCAUUGCAUUCAACAUGCACAACAAACAAAAGGAUGCCUGACCUUUCUGCCCAAUCAAAUUUUGUAGCAAGUGUUGUGGAAAGUACUGUCCAUGUUGCAUCUUCACCAGUGGCAUCGUCAUUCAUGCCAGCACCAUCUGAGGCCAGUCUGGGAAAUAAUGUGAUGGUGGUGAACUACAGAAAUGCACCUGGGAGUGUGAACAUUAGUAACGAACUACCAUCGUCUUCAGUCUCCAUCAAUCCUAGUUUUGAAUUUGUUGGUGACCCAGUGAGAAAUGUAAGAGUUCCUGGCACCUAUCUGAUGAAAGCUCGGCAAAAGACUAAACCGAAAUACGCAGCACGCUACUUAGUUCGUGUCUUGUUCCCCAAGGAAACGUUGUUGUGCAGCAUUAUGGGAGUGAGUGCACGAGGGCGCAGAACACUGGAUCCAAACAAAAUUGCUGCAGUGAGAGAAUUUCUUGCAACUAAUUUUCCAAACUAUGAUUUGAGUGAACAUGGAAAAGACUGGAAAACCUGUAUCACAAAUGUCAAUGCUAUGAUCCGCUGCUUACGCUCUGAAACGAAAAUAAACCCAGAGACUGCUGAAGGGAAGGAAAAAGUGACUGAUGCUCCAGAUAAAUCUCAUUGUGUAGAUUUAAAUUGUAAUGAGGAUAGUGAAGGCAAUUCUCAAAACUCUCAGAAAAUGGCCACAACUGACAUGUUGCAGGAUUUGGGAUUGGAAAGGUUUCCAGAAGUUUUCCACGCACCUUCGAUCAAGAAACCGCAGUCUUUGGAACCUAUGGGUAAACUAAGAAAUGUUCAUCUUCUGGAUUUGUGUUACAUUUUAAAUGAACUUCUUGGGAGUCCAUGGCGCAAUGUUCAGUUGCCUUUCUCAGUCAUUUAUGUAGCUAAGGGGAAGUCUCGGCCAGAGUUGUCAGCUCGCUACCUAAUUCGUCAUAUGUUCACUGAAGAUGUGCUGGUAAAAAGCAAUGUAUAUGGUAAUCUUGAACGUGGCAUGAGCCCGCUGGACUGCAACAGAAUUAAUGCUCUCAGAGACUUUCUUCAAGAGAAUUAUCCAUCCUUUGAUCUAAAGGAAACUGGAUAUGAUUGGAAGGCAUGUGUUGCUGCCAUAAACAGUACAAUCCGCAGUCUCAGACAUGACCAUAAAAAAGCCACAGUUGGAAUCCGCCAGAAGGUCUUGACCAUGCCACCACUGAGUGCAAAGAGUCCUCCACAGAGUCCUACUUCAGUGAAGCCAUUUGAAAGUAACAAUAUCAAUCUCAUGGACUGAAGCUCUUUACUAUGCGUCUCAAAUCCUAGUUUAGUGGUUUUAUAAACCCCACAUAGAAGCCUGUUGCAUCAAGUUGUCCUAUUAUACUGAGUUGUCAGCCACAUGGAAUAAUAUUAUUUCAUGAGACCAAAGUUAGCAGAAGACUUGGGAACUGUAACUUCUUUUAAAGUAGCAUGUGUGCUCCUCACAAAUUACUUCUACUGUUCCCUGCAGCAUUUGCAAUGUGCUCUCUCCUAAAAGCAUUUUUUCUUCUCAUGAUUCAUUGACUCUGAAACAUUAAUCUAAUUAGAAGAGACGCACUGUGCAUCAAGUCAGCAGAAGCAGAUAGAAAUGUGGAAUGAUUGGUCCUCCUCAGAGGUAGACUUAGUAAAAUUAUCUCAUGUGUGAAGAAUGAAAUUUGCUUUGACAGUUGGAUAUUUUAAGACAAAAUAUCUAAUGCAGGAAGGAAAAAAAUAAAUCCUGCAUCCAGCUGACUUGUUAUGUUGCUCACCUUUUUUGCCUCCUAGAGCAGUCUUUGUUGUAGAAUAAGGAAAGAGGCAGGCAGAAAAGUAAUUAGAGUUGGUAAUAUUUUCUUUGCUCUGAUUUAGCUCUACAAAAGCACAGAGGAAGUAUCCAGAACAAACAGUUUGAUAGUUGGUUCUGGUUUUUCUUGAUGAAAAUUAAAGAAAAUACUUCUUCAGG